GCUAUCGAACGCAAUGACGCUGACGCUAUUGCCUCGCUGUUACGCAAAGGAGCAGACCCGAACAUUUCCACAACCCGGUCUGGCUGGACUAGCAUACACUAUAUCGCCCGGGCGCAGUCAGAAAACGAAGAAAUUAUAGCCCUACUUAUAGCGCAUGGAGCUCGCGUCAACGCUCUAGACAGUAAUAGCCAAACACCUCUUUCCAGAGCGAUCCGACACAACAACGCCGCUGCCAAAUUGAAGGCCCUAGUAAAAGCAGGUGCAGAUCCAAAUAUGCAAUACGACGAAGCUAAGUGGUCUGCUUCUCAUCUCGCAGUUUUCAUCGGCCAGAAGGCCUGUGUCAGGGCUCUACUUAAAGCGGGUGCAGACUUCUCACUGAAGACCGUCCUUGGGACCAACGUUAUUACCUUUACGGCAAAAUAUGGA